UUGAAGCCGGGCUUUAGCUGUAGUGAACACACUUUAUAUGCACAGAGUUUAAAAUGUGGAGAGCAAAACGCGAAUCCGCCCCUUUCUGUGUCUCACCCGCGACGCUUCAUGACGUCAUGUGAAUGCUGAAGGGUCUUUAAAACAUCGAAAGCACGGCCGCAUCUGGACACGAUGACUGCGAAAAACCGAAACAAGAAUAAUUCCCAUCCAAACGACAGAAGUCCCGCUCAGCAGACAGAUGACGGGGCGAAGAAACCCCCAAAAGCGGAGAGUCCCAGAUCCGGAUCGAGCGGGCUAAUAAAGUUCAUUUCGGCGGUAUUUUAUCUGGCGCUGGCAGCAGGAGCAGCGCUUGCAUCCUUUUAUAUCCAUCACACAUUAUCGGAAGUCAAGCAGAUGAGCGUGAGACAUGAAGAAUCCUCACAGAAGUGUGCAGCGGUGGCACAUGAAGUGCAGCAUGCGCUUCUACAGAUAAGCUCCGUAAAGGCAUCUCUGGAGGGUGUGGAGGCAGCAGUGGUCAGUGCUAAGACUGAUCUAGAAAGGACAAGCCAUGCAGUACAGAAAGGAGAAGCUGAGACCCAACGGAUGCAGGAAACGUUACAGAACCUACAGAACAAGAUCUAUCAUGAUCUCAGAGAAGGCAUUCAGGAUGUGAAGGAAGCUCGAGAGAAGGACAUCUCCUCGUUGGAGCGGACUCUUGAGGAGCGACUGGCUCAGUUGAGUCGAUCCAUCACCGAGGGGGUGGCUGAGUUCGCUGGGCAGCAGAGCCAGCACAAGACUGAACUGAGUGAGCUGAAAGCUCGUGUGGAGGAGCAGGAGACACCCGCGUUCCUCAAGCAGGAGCUGUCAUCCAUCAACAGCGCUGUGAUGAAUCUCAACACCGCGAAUGAGGUGGCAGAGGGCAACAUGGCGGUGCUCAGGGAGCAGAUCGCAUCAGUGGGCGCCGAGCUUCAGACCAGGAACAAGGAGGUGGUGUCAGUGUCCGAGGAAAUCGACACAGUGAGGUCACUCGUGCAAAGCACCGUAGGCGCCUUACGGGAGGAGGUCUCCAUGGCUCGAGCCAGCAUCCAGGCCGCAUCAGACCAGUUUCAGACCCUCAACGACAAGCAGGACCAGUCCAGCGAGGCGCUUCAGAGCCUUGAGAAAGAACUCAGAGCCGAACUACUCAAGGUGGAGAAAAGAGGAGAUGACAUGGAGGUCCGAGUGAAGUCUGCGGAGGACAGCGAGGAGCUCUUGGCGUCUUCAUUAUCAGAGCAGAACAUUAGAGUGGACGCUCUUGUGUUCAAGUAUGAAUCUCAUGAGAGCUUGCUGACUGACUACAAGACAGCAUCCGAGAAGGACAGACAGACCUUGAGAGAUGACUUGAAAGGUUUGAAGAGCAGUCUGGAGGAGCUUCAAAUGAGUGUAUUGGCUCUAGACGAGAUCCAGGUGAGACUAGAGGUCGUGGAACAGAGGCUGGAAGGACCACUGCACGAACUUGAAAGCACCACCGAGAGUUUGUCUGAACAACUAGAUGGACAUGAACAAGAAUGAGAUGAGCUACAGGAAAAGAUGUAAUUCAUGAUGGGGAAUUGUUGUGGGUGGUAGAAAUGUGAAAAUGAAUCUAUAAUGAGAUCUUAUGAGCUUCUUAUAAGAAGGAUGAAUUGGCGAACUGCUGUUUCUUCUAUCUACAAAUGGCACUGCAUUGUAGUUUUUCUCCGUUCAGUUUUUCAAUAAUUCAAAUGCAAUUUCUGAAUGUAUCAAAAUUGUAGUUGUUUUCCAUUAAAAAGGUAAAAACCUUUAAAACUAAUGUGUGAAUAUCAUUACC